AUGAAAUCUUUUGCAGAUUUUAUAGAGAAAAGUAGGUUGGUGGACAUACCUUGUAGAGGAAAAAAAUUCUCGUGGUAUAGCGGGGAUGGCAAGUCAAUGAGUAGAAUUGAUCGGUUUCUUAUGUCAGAUUCUAUUGUUAAUAAUCGGGGUGUAGUUGGCCAAUUAAUCGGAAAUAGAGACAUUUCAGAUCAUUGUCCUAUUUGGAUAGUGAAGGACAAUGUCAAUUGGGGUCCGAAACCGUUCAAGUUUAACGAGUGGUUUUCUUUUGAAUCUUUUGUCCCUUUUGUGGAGAAGAAAUGGAAAGAUUUCAAAGUUGAAGGUAAAGGAGAUUUUGUGUUAAAAGAUAAAUUUAGACUUCUAAAAGAAAGACUCAAAUGGUGGAAUAAGGAAGUGUUUGGUAGAAUUGACUUGGAGUUGGAGGAAGGAGUUAGAGAUAUCAACAUAGGGGACGAGAGGUUGGAUUAUGAAGACGAUGUGUUGCAUCCGGAAAUUAUAGCCAAAGGGAAGGAAGAUACUAGUCGGUUUUGGACGAAUUUGAGGAUUAAAGAAAAUAUGCUUGUUCAAAAAUCGAGAUUAAAAUGGCUCAAUGAGGGAGACUCCAAUAGUGGUUUUUUCCAUAAGGUGAUGAAGGAAAGAAGAAGGCACAAUCACACAGGUCCGGUUAUGUCCUCGAGUGGCUUGUUGGAAUCGGUUGAGGAGAUAAAGGAGGAGGUUACAUAUCAGUUUUCAAACAAAUUUAUCAAAACGGAUGGAGAGGCCUCUGUUGGACAGGAUUCCUUUUAA